GUACAGGAGAGGGGUGCAGAGUGUAUGACAGAGGGUAGGAUGUACAGGAGAGGAGCGCAGAGUGUAUGACAGAGAGUAGGAUAUACAGGAGAGGAGGAUGACCAGAGACUGCGGACACAGUACAGGGAUGACCAGAGACUGCGGACACAGUACAGGGAUGACCAGAGACUGCGGACACAGUACAGGGAUGACCAGAGACUGCGGACACAGUACAGGGAUGACCAGAGACUGCGGACACAGUACAGGAGAUGACCAGAGACUGCGGACAGUACAG